AAGACUUGCAAUAUUUCUCCCCACCUGUUUUGUGUUUUUUUUUCUGAUAAACUUAUUUGGAUGCACACGAUAUUAUAGUGUUUUUUACAAUCUAAUGGAGUAUCUCACUCUUUUUUUGCGGAUAUAACUAAAUAUUUUCUUGUUAGGGCUAAAAUUGAAUAUGGACAAUAAUUAGGAGUACGCACAUUGUUAGGGGAGAAAAAAAAAUCUGGCCAAGUUGAACUUUUAAUAUGUUCCAAACUGGCAAGGCAUGUACAACGAUGUCCAAAUGGGACACUAAUUAGUGCUCAACAACUUGCUUAAAAGUACCGUGUGCUUCUCAGAUAUACUAUUAAACUGAUGGCGCCCUUUGUUCUAAAAAGGAUUCGUACCCUCGUAAACAAAGCAAAGCGUGUGAUCCUUGCUGUUUUAUUGAUCUUUUUUGUUGUUGUUGAGGAAAGCUAUUUUAUUGAUGUGGUAGUAUGAAAUGAGCACGCACAUGCGACCCAUCCAUAACCCACAUGUUGAAAUCGUUACGGAAACCUCGGUCCCGGAAGCAACUCGCACCCGCCGUCCUUGCUGACACGUACGUACGGUCCGGCAUGGUCCAUGGCGGUGGCGCCACCACACCACGCGCUUGCAUUAACGGAGGCGAGCCGCGGGCCUUUCCGCCGCCCUCUCAGCCGAUUUUGCCCGUUCCGAGAAGAGCAUGCACCAUUUGUACACCCCAAUUGCCUAAUAAAGCCUGAAGAUGCAUGUGCUCUUUUUCCUCCUUUUAUCGCCCUGAACUGCACAGCACAAAGUCAGAAACAAAAGAAUACUUGUACAGUUCCUGCUCCGCCCACCAAAUUGGUCAAGGGCAGGUACGAUAUCGAUAUCGAUGUAGGCUUGGGUGACUCGAUCCAACACUCAAACCAGCACGCCAGAUGAGAUCUCCCGUAUGGGAAGAGUGUCAAUACAUACAGUUUUUUCAGUGGAGUGUUAACAACUGCAUGGAACGAAUGCAAUACUAGUGAUCACGUUCACGUACGAGCCCGACCAUUAGCAUCGCAAGAGAAUGGUCGACACAUAGUUUUCUUUAUCCAAUUGCCCCUCACGAGGACAGCUCUCACAACAGUGAGAUUUUCUCUAAGAAAAAAUCCCAAGUGACGAAACCAUCCAAUAAUGAACGGCACAAUAGUCCUGCCACCCAAGCAGCGCGCCGAGUCCGAGACCCAUUCCCAGUAAUAUAAUAAAUGAAAUAAAAAUGAUUCAAGCAAAACCGACAAAAUCAAGAAAGCGUAACCCCCCUUUAAACGGCAGGAAAGAAUCAAUCAAAUCGGAACCCUCGAUCGGGAUCCACAUGUCGGAACGUCGUGGCUCCCGCGGCAUCGCUCUCGUUUCUGUCUCUCAGCGUCUCCACGCGACAUAUAUACCGCCGCUGCUCGACUCAGUCUUCUCCAACCUCACAAGCUUCUUCUUCUCCUCCCUUUCGGCCUCGGCUUUCCUUCCGGCGUAGGUCAUUCCAUAUUCGGAUCCCUUUCCUCGCCUUAUAAAGGACCCUGCCGCUCGGCGCAGCGCAAAUCAACCAGCCGAUCCAUCGUUUUUCGUGUGAACUGUUGUGGCAUCGAUCCAUGGGUAACCACCAGAAGCUCCUCAACUUCCUCCGGCCGGACCCGGCCGCGGUGGCCGCAUGCUCGCCGAGGUCCUUCUCCUCCUCCUCCGCCUCCGUGUCGGACGACGACGGGUACAGCUGCUCGUCCUACCCCACCACGGACGGGGACGCCUCGCCGUCGCGCUACGGCGGCUCCUCGACCCCGCCCACGCCCAAGUCGCCGUGGGCGCACCUCCCGGGCCUCGGCGCCGGGGGCGCCGUUGCGGAACCUGGGGCCACGGGCCUCAUCGCGUCGCUGGUCAAGGAGGACGGGCACGUCUACUCGCUGGCGGCGACCGGGGACGUUCUUUACACCGGGACCGACUCCCGGAACGUGCGCGUGUGGCGGGACCAGCGCGAGCUCGCCGGGUUCAGGACCGCCAGCGGCCUCGUCAAGGCCAUCGUGGUCGCGGACGACGGGCGCAUCUUCACCGGCCACCAGGACGGCAAGGUGCGCGUGUGGCGCGCCGACGCGGACAACCCCGCCGUGCACCGCCAGGUGGGCUCGCUCCCGAAGCUCAAGGACUACCUCAAGAGCGCCGUCAACCCCACCAGCUACGUCGAGACGCAGCGCAAGGGGCGCCAGCGCGCGGUGUGGCUUCGGCACUCCGACGCCGUGUCCUCCCUCAGCCUCGACGAGGGCGCUGGGCUGCUCUACUCGGCCUCGUGGGACAGGACCUUCAAGGUGUGGCGCGUGUCGGACUCCAAGUGCCUCGAGUCCGUCAGCGCGCACGACGACGCCAUCAACACCGUGGCCGCCGCCGGGUUCGACGACGUCGUGUUCACCGGAUCGGCCGACGGCACCGUCAAGGUGUGGCGGCGGGAGAUGGCCGCGAAGAGCGACGCCACGAAGCAUGUCCUGGAGAAGGUGCUCGGGGAGGGCGAGAGCGCGGUCACCGCCAUCGCCGUGUCGGCCGAGGACCGCGUCGUGUACGUGGGCUCGUCGGACGGGCUGGUCACCUACUGGUACUGGGUCGACGGCGAGGCAAGAUACGGCGGCGUGCUCAAGGGCCACAAGAUGGCGGUGAUGUGCCUGGCGGUGGCCGGCAACGUCGUCGUCAGCGGCUCGGCCGACCAGACCCUCUGCGUCUGGCGUCGCGACGGGGCGGAGCACGUCUGCCUGAGCGUGCUGACCGGACACACCGGGCCCGUGAAGUGCGUCGCCAUGGACGAGGAGGCCGCGGUCGCCGGUUCGGGCAGUGAUCGGCGGUUCGUGGUGUACAGCGGGAGCCUCGACGGGUCCGUCAAGGUCUGGCGCCUGUCGGACGCACAAACGCCAGCGCCGGUGACGGAGCGCACAGCAGCGCCGUCGCAGGCGUGGAGGGGGCAGCCGGCCCCGGCGACGUACGCGGAGGCGUGGGCGCCGUACCAGGCGACGGCGGAGGCGAAGCGCGUGCCAGCGGCGUGAGGGCGAAGCAAUCGUGCUCCUACGUGCGCGCAUGGAAGGGAACAAUGUGGUGGCCACACGUGUACUCGGGCAGAUCGUACUAGAGUGUACAUAUACGUAGCAGUACGAGUUGUGCGUGUAUUUUGAGGUGGGAAAUCAGAUUGUGUGGCGGUGGCCGAGAUCAUCUGGUCUGUGUAGUUGACGGGGAGAAAUGGGCGGUGGGUUGACAGUGAGAGGUCACGGGCCACGUCAAAAUCGGUUGACAGAAGAGGGAAAAUGGUUUGUGUGGGUGAUUUUGGCUGUAUAACCAUUGAGAUAGAUUUCGUGCAACAAGGUGUGCACUAAAGGUUCCCUGAAAAACAAGUGUGCACUAAAGGAUUAUUAA